AUGUCGGAUGAUCAGCACCAACAUUAUCCAACUAGCUUGGAUCAGACCGAGAGGACUACAUCGCCCUCACAGCAAAGCAUGAGCCCACCACAGGGGGAUACGUGUUCAUCACGUUCAGGAGCAAGCCCUGACCCAGACCACACAACCAAAGUAGCUGCAGGCUGGCCCAGCGCCAUACCCCCUCAUCCCAACCAUCAAAGCGGAAGCUCGCUCGGAAACAAACGAACACGCACGCCCCCCUCCUCCUCAUCUCAGCCGCCCGCCCACACACGCGCAAAACGCUACGACCCAUCUGAUAGCGCGCUAGGCCUGCUUGAAGGGUAUGCGCAUGAAGGCGUGGAAGCAGAGGAACGUCCGCUCCUCCCAGACUUGUCGUAUGUACCUGGUGUGCUCUUCUUGCUUCUCUCAGGCGUCGGGCUUACUAGAUUGAUUGACGUCGGUAGCGAGUUGUGUUUUGAAGCUGAUGAUCCCGAAACGUUGUAUGCCGAGCCUAAACGUGUCUUGUGA